GAGACGUACGAACGAGAAGCCAGAAAGCACACGGGAGAACAUGCUGGAAAGUCAAUGGAUAGCAUGGAGGAGAAACUGGUUGAUCCUGUGCCAGAGUUUAUACCACAACAUCUGAUUUGUCCUCUAACCAAGAAGAUGUUUGUUGAUCCUGUGAAAACAGUAUAUGGCACCGUGUAUGAACGGAAAGCCAUUGAGGAACACCUCAAACAACACCGGUAUGAUCCGAUGGCUGGCCCAGGAAACGAGCUUGAUGCGAGUGACAUGAUGGCGGACAGGGACAUGAAGAAAAUGGUGAUGGAUCAUCGAGCUCGCCAAAUUCAAUGAAUGUGGGAGGGAACAGACUGGCUGAAGAUUAGCUAGACUUUUAUAGGGGUUUCUUUUUUUCUUUUUCUCUCAGCUUGUUGGUGGUGUGGCAUUUCUAUCACACAAGUUCUAAACAAGUUACCAAGUUAGUGAAGUCUCAGGUUGGUUUUUCUAUCCAAUUCUGAAAAUUUGUUUACAAAGGACUCUGAGCACUUAAUACAGUUUUUAUUCACUGUUCAUUGCAUACUUUUAUAGAACUUCUUCUACAAGAGACAAACCAGCCUUCCUGUAUGGGAAAGUCAAAUAUCGUAGAAAUUUCAGCUGCAUAGCUGAUAAUAUAAAAACAUGUUCAGUUCACAGUUGAUUAUGCUGUUCAUUAUUUGACCAAAUUUCUUGAUUAUCUUCUGUUUUUUAAGUGAUUAAUAAGAGUUCAUUGCAAUUAUUGUGGUUGCGAAUAUAUAAUAAAGUAUAAAAAUGA